AUGGGUCGAAAAGCUGUUGAUCUUGAGCCAUACAAGGGCAAUAUUAUUUCACUAUACCAAGCCCAGUCAUCUGUUGAUUCUAUCCGCGAGUUCCUUAUUAAUAAGAAUGUCAAAGUCAGCAAGCGUACAUUGGAGGCACGCCUCCAGGAAUGGGAAGAUAAAGAGCUUCUAGAUCUUCAAACUGAUACUAUUCUUCGCGCCCUUCUAGAAGAAGCAGAAAAAGGUGUUAUUCAAGGAUAUGGCAAGGAAAUGUUGCAUCGUUAUAUGUGUAGUCAAGGUCAUAUUCUUGCACGUGACUGUCUAUUCUCUACCUAUCGAAUGGCCUUUCCUGAGGCUAUUGAGCGCCAAUAUAUUAUUCCUGGUCCAAAUUUUAUAUGGUCUGUGGAUGGAUAUCUUAAGCUUGAGCCAUAUGGAAUUGAGAUAUAUGCAGCUAUGGAUGCAUAUUCACGAUAUAUCAUAUGGAUUUAUUCUGUUAGUGUGCUAUCCCAGUAUCUCAAUACUCUUGAUCUUGUGAAAAAACAGCCUCUACGAAUCCGGUCAGAUUGUGGCUCAGAGAUAGGUCUCUUUAAGCAGGCACAUAUCCAACUCCGGCAGUUAUCUACCCCAAAUAUACAACCAAAUGACUGUUGGAUAUUAGGACGGAUAAUUCGUGCACAGGUUUCUCAAUUUAUUCAUACUUGGAAUAUCCACCGAAUUCGAGCGCAGAAAAACCGACCAAAUUCAGUUGCAGGCAAGCCAUAUCUACUUUAUCAUUAUCCAGAUGAUGGAGUAUUAGAUUAUGGUAGUUUUAUACAGAGUGAAGCGCUGGAAACUCUUAAAAGAGAGGUUGAAGAGUUUGAAAAAGUACAGGUUCAACUCAAUUCUCGUACUAUUUUAUCCUUCAAUGAUUUUAUUACCCAAGACCUCCUUCCUCUCCUGAAUCCGAAUGGCCAUUAUAUACAAGAAUCCGGUGAUAGCCUUCAGUUAGCAACGAGUAUCAACAAAAAGUCUCCGAUAUUUAUUAGUCCUCAGGCAAAUAAGGCACAGGCACUUGAUGAUCUUCUUAAAUAUUGGUUUAGUAGUCAUAAAAGUAGUACUGGAGAAAAGCUAUAUCAUAUAUAUGUGAUUAUUGAACGAACCAUAUUUGAUGAUAAGAGAGAGAUCAAGGAAGAGGCAGAAGAUAUCUUUAUUAAACCCUCUAGUCCUCUUUCCUCUGGAUCAUCCUAUCGCACGAGAAGAACCCAUACCCUUGAUGAUGAAGAUAGAGAGCGAAUUGCUGAAUAUGGUCCCUUUAUUAAGAGGAAGUAA